GCCAGCAGGACAGCUCGGCCAUAUUUAAGGUCCUCCUCUUCUGAACCCUGACCAGAACGACAAAGAGACCUUCUGCUACAUCACAGCCAGAGACGAGGGAAGAUUAAGCCGCCAACUAAAAGACUCAAAUCAGGCCCAAAGAUCUGGACUGAAGACAACUGAAUACUUUUUAGGCUGCAGUUAUUUUUGAUUCUGUGCAGGAAGAUGGCCAAUCUGGUGGAUAGAGUGGUGUUUGUUUUCUUCAUCACAGCACAGGUUUUUACACUGGUCUGGUCCCAGGUGUGUCCACGGAGAUGCCAGUGCCCUAAGGAGCCCCCCAUGUGUCCCCCCGGGGUGCCCCUGAUUCUGGAUGAUUGUGUUUGCUGCCUGGUGUGCGCCCGUCAAAAAGGGCAGGUCUGCUCUGACAUGAACCCCUGUGACACACGUAAAGGGCUGCAGUGCGACUACUCGGCUGACGUCCACAAAAGGACUGGCAUCUGUGCAGCUCCCAAGGGAGCUGUGUGUGUUAUAGAUGGUUCUGUCUACCAGAAUGGUCAGACCUUUUUCCCCAGCUGUAAGUAUCAGUGUAUAUGCCGCGACGGGCAAGUAGCAUGUGUGUCACGCUGCAACGUGGAUGUUAUGCUGCCUGGGCCCGACUGCCCCGUGCCACGCAGGAUCCAGGUGCCUGGAGAGUGCUGCGAGAAGUGGGUGUGUGAGCCCCAGGCUGGGACCAGUGCACUGGGUGGCUUUGCCAUGGCAGCCUACCGUCAGGAAGAAACUGUAAGCUUUGAUGGCUGGGACCCAAACCUGAACUGCAUUGAGCAGACUACAGAGUGGGGCGCCUGCUCUCGAACAUGUGGCAUGGGGCUCUCCACCAGGGUCACAAAUAAGAACAGUCGCUGUGAGAUGGUGAAGCAGAGUCGACUGUGUAUGAUCAGACCCUGUGAUGAGCAGCAGGUCCAGCUGGCACAGCUUGCGCGAAAGAGAGACACUAGGUGCCAGAAGAUGGUGAGGAGUGACAAAGCCAUUCACCUCUCCCAUAAGAACUGCACCAGUGUCCAAGCCUACAAACCUCGCUUCUGUGGCUCCUGCACAGAUGGCCGCUGCUGUACCCCUCACAGAACCAAAACCGCGCUGGUGGACUUCCAGUGUGCUAAUGGUAAAACCGCACGGAGGCUGGUCAUGGUGAUCAUGACGUGUGCCUGCCACAGCCACUGCCCUCGAGACAAUGCUGUGUGGCCUCCAUCAGAGCUGGGUUACACUGGCAUGAGAAUAUAGAUCAGGGAGUACCCAAACGUUUAUUAGUGAGAUCAUAAUUGUUAAGAGUCAAAAACCAGAUUGUAGCUGGUGACUCCACUCUAAAACCAUCAAUUCCUCUAGUUUGAAUGAAGAACAAUUUUAAGCUAUUUUUUAAACAAUUCACAUUACACAAAGUAUACUCUACAGACCUCUAAUUUGGGACAUACAGAGUACACAGUAAAAAUAAAAUGAUAUCUGCUCAUUGUGGUAGUUGUAUUCAUAAAAAGAGAAUUAUCUUUUGAUUCCUCCUGGAGAGGGAUUGUUAGUAUCCUGUGGAAAAAAAAAAACUUAGUACAAUGUAAGCACUUAAACUUUAUGGCAUAUAAAACCUCUCCACUUCUGGAGCUCAGAUAUCAGAGUAUACUGCAAUCUUUCCAUAAUAGAUUUAUCUGGACAGAUGGGUGUAGGCUGUAAAGGUUCAUUUAAACACCCUCUAUUCAAGAGGUAGAGUAGUAUGAUUGAAUACAAGCACAGGGUUGUGGUUACUGGUUUGAUUAAACCGGAGACUUUUGUUCUGCCUUAAUUAUGAGGACUUCUGCAAUAUAAUGUUUACUGCCAAUAGAUUCAAGAAUACUCUAUAUCAGAAUAAAUGUUAUUGUACAGUGACAGCUUGACACCUGAACCCAGUAAAAACAACAUAAAAAUAUUAAAUACUAAAAUAUUAAAAAUUCAUAUUGAUAAAACAGAAAGAAAAGGGGGGAAAGCAGAGAUUAUCAACAAAGACUAUCAGUAACCUUUUCUCCCACUAUGGGACACAUUUUUGAAAUAACUGCACUGUGUACUUUGACGUGGUUGCAAACAAAAGCUCAACCAGUGAAGGAGAGGUCACUGUGGUGUCUCGGUGCUAUUUCUAACAUUGUCCUGAAAUCUUACCUCUGUUUCAAAUGUACGCUUUUGUAGUUUUAAAGAAGAUGUUGUUUAUCUGUUUUUGUUAAAAAAAAAAAAAAAAGAAAAUAGUGCACAUAACAGCUAUUUUGAUCAUGACAAGAGUUUUGUAAAUACUUGCUGUAUAGUCUGUUUUACUGAGUGUGUAUUGAAUACACAGAGUCAA